AUGAAUGCUCUUUUAGAUUACGGAUCAUCAUCUUCUAGUGAUACGGAGGAGGAUGAAGCUGUGGAUGAAGAAAAAUACCCAAAAGAUGAAAGUAAACCAAAACUUCCCAAGCCAAUUCUGGGAGAAAACAGUCUCCAAACUUCUGUAUUCUCUAAUCCAUUUGUAGAGGCGGAAUUGGCAAAAGCUGCCAUCCUAGAAAAGCACGUCAAAAUGGUUCCAGGUAAAGACAAUACGCAAAUGAUUAAUGGGAAGAAGAUAUGCUGGAGCUACAGGAAGGGUAGAUGCCGGUUUGGUCACAAUUGCAAAUAUGCUCAUGAUUCCGAUAUACAGAAAUCAGCUGAAGAAUUAGAAUCAGAGAAGCAGAAGUUAAAAACUGUGGUAUGUGAAGGUGCAGGUACAAUGUCAUCAGCUCCACCACCACAAAUACUUUUAGACACUCCUACAACAACUGAUGAUGAUAUUUGGGAGGGUGGUGCAAAUAAAAAGAAAAAGAGGCCAGGCUUAAGUAGUGGACUAGUUCCAGGAAAGAAAGUUAUUAAAAUGUAUAAAGAACAGAAAAUCAAAGAUGCAAUAAACAAAUAA